AUGUCUUAUCCCAAGGAGUUUACUGGGUUCCAGGUCCCGAGCGCUGAAAAGUGGCUAGAUUUUGAGAAAAGUACUUGGGAGCCUCGACCUUUUGGGGAUUACGAUGUCGAUAUCAAGAUAGAGUGCUGCGGGGUGUGCGCUAGUGACGUGCACACUGCUCGUGGUGAUUGGGGCGAGAUGCCCUAUCCUUUCGCUGUCGGCCACGAGGUCAUUGGGAGGGUUCUCCGCGUAGGCCCAAAAGUAACCCUCGCAAAGGUGGGCCAGCGAGUCGGGGUUGGGGCCCAGGUUUACUCCUGUUUGGACUGCCGCCACUGCAAGAACGGCAAUGAAACGUACUGCAAAGAACAGGUCAAUGCCUAUGGAGCGUCGUAUCCAGGGACGGAUUGUACGACCCAGGGUGGAUACUCAUCCCACACUCGGAUUCAUGAAUACUGGGUAUUCCCGAUUCCGGAUAGCUUGGCUAGUAGUGAUGCUGCCCCCAUGAUGUGUGCAGGCGUCACCGUGUACAGUCCACUAAAACGCUUCGGCGCAGGACCUGGCACCAAGGUUGGUGUAGUGGGUAUCGGCGGUCUUGGUCAUUACGCCAUCAUGUUUGCAAAAGCACUUGGUGCCGAAGUGUGGGCUAUUUCCCGGUCACGCAACAAGGAGGCCGAUGCGAGACAAAUGGGCGCCGAUGGCUUCCUCGCCACGAACGAGGAGGGCUGGUGUCAGCCGCAUGAAAUGACAUUUGAUCUGAUUAUUAGCACGGCAAGCUCCUUCCAAGAUUUUCCGCUAUCGCAAUACCUCAGCCUUCUGGGCGUUCACGGACGCUUCCACUUGGUUGGCGUGCCCGGCGGCGACGGCCUCAAGAUAUCUACCUUUGACUUCAUCGGGAACGGCUGCUCCAUCGGCGCCUCGAACCUCGGGGGUCGGCACGAGGUUCUGGAAAUGCUGGACUUGGCGGCCACCAAGGGUAUUAGGUCAUGGGUAAAAGAGAUCCCCAUAUCAAAACAAGGUAUUCAAACAGCGAUCGAGCAGCUAGAAACUAGCAGUGUCCGCUACCGAUCCUGCCUGGUGGCUUAUGACGAGGAAUUUGGGGCCUGA